AUGUCGGGCGGAACACGCGCGGUUAUUCUCCUUGUCGCUGUAUUCGCCGCCUUUUACUCAGGAUGGUGUUCAGAAGACGAGGAGCGGCUGGUUCGUGACCUUUUCCGUGGCUACAACAAACUCAUCCGGCCUGUCCAAAACAUGACUCAAAAGGUGGACGUUCGGUUUGGUCUCGCGUUUGUACAACUCAUUAACGUUAACGAAAAGAACCAAAUUAUGAAAUCUAAUGUAUGGCUUCGCUUGGUAUGGAUGGACUAUCAGCUAAUGUGGGAUGAAGCUGAUUACGGUGGCAUUGGAGUGCUGCGGCUGCCACCCGACAAAGUUUGGAAACCUGAUAUUGUGUUGUUUAACAACGCUGAUGGCAAUUACGAAGUGCGCUACAAAUCUAACGUACUAAUUUAUCCAAAUGGAGAAGUACUAUGGGUUCCUCCUGCAAUUUAUCAGAGCUCGUGCACUAUUGAUGUCACUUAUUUUCCGUUCGAUCAACAAACAUGCAUUAUGAAAUUUGGCUCAUGGACAUUCAAUGGCGAUCAAGUCUCUCUGGCGCUGUAUAACAACAAAAAUUUCGUAGAUCUCUCCGAUUAUUGGAAGUCUGGAACGUGGGAUAUAAUUGAAGUACCGGCAUACUUAAACAUAUACGAAGGAAAUCACCCUACCGAGACAGAUAUCACUUUUUACAUAAUUAUCAGACGUAAAACUUUAUUCUAUACUGUCAAUCUAAUAUUGCCUACAGUUUUGAUUUCAUUUCUCUGCGUUCUCGUGUUUUAUUUACCGGCUGAAGCAGGCGAGAAGGUUACAUUGGGAAUUAGCAUUUUACUGUCGCUCGUCGUGUUUCUGUUACUGGUGUCAAAGAUUCUUCCACCGACCUCACUUGUUCUACCGCUUAUAGCUAAAUAUCUAUUAUUUACUUUUAUAAUGAACACCGUUAGUAUUCUCGUUACAGUUAUCAUAAUUAAUUGGAACUUUAGAGGACCUAGGACUCACAGAAUGCCUUUAUGGAUACGAAGUGUCUUCCUUCACUAUUUGCCUGCAGCACUACUAAUGAGGCGUCCCAGGAAAACGAGACUUCGAUGGAUGAUGGAAAUGCCUGGCAUGGGUGCACCGCCUCACGCUGCAGCGCCGCACGAUUUACCAAAACAUAUUAGUACGAUUGGUGCAAAACAAAGCAAAAUGGAGGCAAUGGAACUGUCAGACCUGCAUCAUCCGAACUGCAAAAUCAACCGAGCUGCCGGCGGGGAAGUGGGCGCUUUAGGCGGACUCGGCGCGCUCGGAGGGCUCGGCCUUGGAGGGGAGAGGCGGGAGUCGGAGAGCUCCGACUCUCUACUUCUUUCUCCCGAGGCAGCCAAGGCGACAGAAGCUGUCGAAUUCAUUGCGGAACACUUACGAAACGAAGAUCUAUACAUACAGACCCGCGAGGAUUGGAAGUACGUUGCCAUGGUGAUCGACAGGCUGCAGCUAUACAUUUUCUUCAUAGUGACCACCGCGGGCACAGUCGGCAUCUUAAUGGACGCUCCACACAUCUUCGAGUACGUCGACCAAGACCGCAUCAUUGAAAUUUAUAGAGGGAAAUAACGUGUUUCCAUUUAUAUUAUAGCAAUGAAAUGAAUUUUGCCAAACGGCUUCCAUUAUUGUAAUUCCAAAUUAAUUAAUAAGUAGACAUAUGAAUGUCUUAGACGAAACUUAAACUAUCUACAAUAGAUUGUUUUACAGUUCUACUGUAAUUUAUUUCGCAUGAAACACAUCGAAUUACUUUGCGCGUUAUUGGUACAUUAAAUCAACAAUAAAUGAUAGGUAUGGUACGUAUAAUAAUUAGUUCUAAUAAGUAAUGUAUAGAAUCUAAUGGCUGUGUUUAAGAUUACCAAAGCACAAUAGGUAUGUCUUAAGGUUGUAAUUCGUAAAUUCAUUGAAUAUCUUGUAAUGAUAAUGUUUAAACUAAGUACUUUCAUCUUGAAGGAAUUUUCAACUUUAUCGCUGUGCCCCACAAUUAUUUGGUAUAUAAUAAAGUCUACUAUAAAUUACAUAUUUAUUUAAUGUUAAGUGUACACUUAACAUAAAUAUAUAAUAUUGUAUACCUUCGGAAGCUUCUUAUAUCGUUCAUACGAUGUAAGCCCGUGAGUCUUUUAUAAAUUUCGUUGAUAUUUUAAUAAAACAAAUGUUAUUGUGUAGUUAUACUUAUUUAAUGGUAAUAAAUUUACAAUGUACAGUAAGUCGACUUUUAUUAUAUAUCUUACACUAAACACAUAGUAGAUAUCAUUUAAACAAAUAGAAAAGAAUGUAAAGUGAAAAAAGUAAAGUUUUUUUGUUUUUUUUUUUAUAUUGUAUCAUAUUUAUUUUAUGUCAUAUUAAAAUCAUAUUUACUUAGUCCUAACGAUUUUGUUUUUGAAUACAAUAAAUUGAAAAAAUAAGGGAUAGAUAGUUCACAAAUUAAUGUGACUCUAACAAAACAAAAGUAAG